AUCCUCCAAACAGAGUGUAGGCACAUCCAAUAAUCAAUCCAAGAUACAGAAAAUGACAAAAAGUAAUUUUAAAGGAGAUCUUUCAUAAUCAGACAUGAUAGUGUUGACAGAGUCUGAAUUGAAGAGAAUUAAGAAUCUAUCAGUUGUGACAACAAAAGAGGAGUAAAUACAACACAAAAAGUUGAUGGAAGAAUAGAAAGAGAAAUAGUUAGCAGCGGCCUAAGCAAAAAAGCAGAGAAUGUUAUAGAUUGAAGAGGAGAAGAAGAAAUCUAUUCCAUUGAGUUAACAAGAACAGGAAGAUAAAUUUGCCAAGGAUUCCUUGAUAUCAAGAGCAUAGGAAAUAAUAAAUGAACAAAUUGAUGAUGUCAAAGAGAUGAAUAAAAUGGUCAUGUAUGCUAAAUGCGUUACAAUCAGAGAUAAAUAAUUGUAAGAAAAAAAAGAGUUAUAUGAUCAGUACAAAAUGCAAGAAAAACGCAAGGACUUGAUGAUGGAAAUAGAGAGACUUAGAGCAAUCAAAUAUCAUGAGGAAAAGGAUUAGAAGUAAAAACAAUAAUUAAUACAUGGACAUGAAAUCAUCAUUGAAUAAAUUAAAGAAAGAGAAUUGAUAAGAUUGAAAGAAAAGGAAGAACAAGAAAGAGAAGGACAGAUUAUGCUUAAAUAAAUCAAACAAUUAUAAUAGGAAGAAGCACACAAAGCUUAACUUAGAAAGACUCAUCAAGCCAAGGUUCAAGAUGAGAUUCUAGAGGCCAAUCAUAAAGCUAUUUUGAUUAAGGAAAAAAGAAUACAAGAAGAGAGGGAUGAAGAGGAUAAAAUAUUAUAAUAUAAUCUACAAAAGGCUUAAAAGGAAGCUGAGUUCUUAGAAGAGUAGAAGAGAAUUAAAGAAGAGAAGGAAAGAGAAGUGCAGAGAUUGAGAGAAAUGCAAGAGAAGGCUCAAGAUAGAGCAGCUGAAUUAGACCUCUUAAGAGCCAAAAGGGCUAUGGAAUAAAAUGAAAGGUAGGCAAGAGAGAAAGAAAGAAAAGAGUAAGAGUAAAAGAUGAAAUUGAAUUAUGAAGUCAUGGAAGCCAGAAAACUAUAAUAAAGAGAGAAGCUUGAGAGAUAUUAAGAAUAAGCUAAAUUAGAAAGAGAUGAAUUCCAAAAGGUUAUUUAGAAAUAAAAAUAAGAAAGAGAAAAUGAGAUUAAAAUCUUUUAAGAUAAGGAAGCAUUAAGAAAGAAACAUGCUGAAGAACUUAGAAAAUAGAUCAUUUAGAACGAAGAGAGAAAGAAGUAGGAGGAAAGAGAUAAACUUGAAGAAGGAAAGAAAAUCAAGGAUAGGUUGAAUUAAGAAAAAAGACUAUUAGAGAGCAUUAAAGAUACUAAACUCAAGGAUCUUAACGAAAAAUCCAUCCCAGAUAAGUAUAAAGCCGAAUUAGCUAAAAAGAAAAUCGUUAUAAAUAUCUGA